AAUUUAAUAUAUUUACCCGUGAUGAUUUAUGCUUUUUUAUAGAAAAUUCUCAUGCUUAUAAAUUCUCUUUCAUUGCAAGUUGUGUGUCAGUUGUUGCCUGCCUGUUCUGACUGAUAAGAUGUUUCCCUUCUUCCCAAUUUGUUUAAGUUCAAUCUGAGCGGUUGGUUUUCAUUUCCGGGGCAUCUUUGCUCGUUUUCAUCUUCCAACUUAUAUGCAGUGCAUAUAUUUGACACCGUUGGUGUCAAAAGAUGUAUGUUUAGUUUUCCUGUGCUUUUUCUGCCUCGAACCUUUUUUUUAUAGUUAAUUGUUUAUAUUUGUUUGUUUUCAGGGCCCUUAUGCUUGAUGGACUUCUCGCUGAACAGCAGUGACAAGAAAACUUUAAAGAAGUGGUUCUUCAUUGAUAAAAGGGUUGGCUAAUUAGAAUAUCUGAGAUUGAACAUUAAGAUUUGCUUUGUUGCUCGAGUGGAAAGUUUGCUAAGGAAUCUGUUAGCUUAUACGCUAUAAGUAGUGAUACAUAGGUGGACCAAAUGGACCUGAAACCCAAUCCCACUGCUGCUGUUCUUGCUAAUCCUGUAACGAUAAGCAAGUCAAGAUUAGUAGUACCUUCUGGUCUGUUGCCAUGCUCACCCCCGACAUUGGUGUUUUCUCCAAAUCUAUUAACUGUUCCCAGGAAAAAAGCUGGAAUUCUUGAUGUUCGUGCCAGCAGCUGGCUGGAUGCUACGAAAUCCUCAUCCCCACGUCAUAAAAUAACCAUGAAUUACAACCAUGAGCGUGUAUCAGCUGAUACGGAUGUUGCAUAUCACACAUGGAUGGAAAAGUAUCCCUCUGCACUCACAUAUUUUGAUCAAAUUACAAAUUUUGCAGAAGGCAAGAGGAUAGCAUUGUUUUUGGACUAUGAUGGGACGCUUUCACCUAUUGUGGACAACCCAGAUCUUGCCUUCAUGUCAAUUGAUAUGCGAGCUGCUGUAGCAAAAGUGGCUAAAGACUUCCCGACAGCAAUAAUUAGUGGAAGAAGCCGUGACAAGGUAUACGAGUUUGUUGGACUAACAGAUCUCUAUUACGCCGGUAGUCAUGGAAUGGAUAUCAUGGUUCCUGUUAGGCAAUCUUCUGAUGAUUCUCCUAACUGCAUUAGAUCUACUGAUAAGCAGGGCAAAGAAGGAAACUUGUUCCAGCCUGCUAGCGAAUUUCUACCGACGAUCGAGGAGGUUUUUAACUCACUUGUCAAAAGCACCAAAGAAAUAAAAGGAGCGAAAGUUGAAAACAACAAGUUCUGUGUCUCUGUCCAUUACCGAAAUGUAGAUGAGAAGAACUGGAAAACUGUUAAACAAUGCGUUCAUGAUGUCAUCCGAAACUACCCUCGUCUACGAUUGAGUCGUGGCCGGAAGGUUUUAGAGGUUCGGCCUGAUAUCGAAUGGGACAAGGGGAAAGCUGUUACAUUUCUACUUGAAUCACUUGGGCUCAGCGAUCAUGACGAUGUGCUUGCCAUCUACGUCGGUGAUGACCGCACAGAUGAAGAUGCUUUUAAGGUUCUGAGAGAUGGAAACUGCGGAAAAGGCAUCUUAGUAUCAUCCGUGCCCAAGGAGAGUAAUGCAUCUUUCUCCCUAAGGGACCCUCUAGAGGUCAUGGAGUUUCUUAAAUCACUGGUGACGUGGAAGAAGAAGACGAGCUCUCUGAAUACAGCAAGUAAAGUAGAGAAGGAAAAUACACUGAUACAAACAUAGACCAUGUUUUUACUAUAUUAUAGUUAACACAUAGAGGCUCAAUGCUUCUUGUCUUAACUGUAUAUUCCUCUGCUUCAGUUAUCUUUUCUCACUUCUAGGUGCUAGCCAAGGAUUAGAUGCCCUUCCCCAUGGAGAACACAGUAUUUUUUUAUAUGUAUUUACAAACUCCUCUGGGAUUUUGUUUCCUUGCAAUUUUCUCCUA